GCGAGUGCGUUCGUGGUGUGAAGCGGUUGUGUUUGGACGACAGGAUAUUUCUCUGAACUGAGAGGUGCUGUGUGUGUCUAGUGGAGCCUUAUUUUCACAGUACCGCUAAUAUGGAGCCUAGACAACAGGGUUUAUUGGACAAAGAGUCUCUAAAGGAAGCAGAUGAGGACAUGGUGUCAGAGGUGGACCUCAACAACAUCUACACAGAAGAGGAGCGAGAGGAAAUGGAGAAUGAACUGACUAAGUUAGAAGAGGAAAUCACUACUUUGAAACAAGUCCUGGCCUCCAAAGAGAAACGUCACUUGGAGUUAAAACAGAAACUGGGGAUCACGGCUCUGAGUGAACUUCGGCACAACUUCAACAAGAGCUGGAAUGACAUGCAGACCAGCACAGUAUAUAAAAAGACGUCUGAGACUCUGAGCACAGCAGGACAGCGAACCUCAGCUGCCUUCAGUAACCUAGGCACCGCCAUCAGCAGGAAGUUCGGGGAUAUGAGGAACUCGCCUAGCUUCAAGUCCUUUGAGGAGAAAGUUGAAAGCACAGUUACAAACAUCAAGUCAAAGGUUGGAGGGACGGGAGGAGCGGGCAAUUUUGAAGAGGUCCUGUCCUCAGCUGCCCACGCCAGCGCACAGGACACCCCUACCAAUAAUGUGACAGAGAGCAGCGAACGCUCAUGCUAAGGCUGACAAUGGAACACAGGUGGAACUCUAAUGCCCCCUAGUGGUGGGGAGAAUUUGGUAAAAAAUGCCCAGGGGGCCCAACAUUUGCUGCGUCCUAAUUUGCAUACUUAUACCAUGAAAGUAUGUACUCUUUUUGUGAGGGCAUAUUUGUAGGUGUGUAACAGAAGAGUUUGUGAGCUUUUGGACAAAUUGUUUUAUCAUUAAUGGAUCGUUAUGUUGCUUAAUUACAGGCAUCAUCUUGUCACAUCCACAUUUCAGUUAUGAUUAAUUUGCUAUUGUAUUUGAGAUUAAGUAGCAUGUUAAUCAACUAUUCAUACAGAGAAAUCUACUCAUUUGUUUGCAUAAUUGUGUAUUCAAAAGUUAAUGGCCAAACCCAUCGAUAUAAUAAGAUAGUUUCUUAUUAUUCUAUAGUAGUUUCAGAUGAAAUUUAUAGUGGAUAACAGGAAAUAUUUUUCAUGUGGAUAGAUAUUAAUCGUCAAUUUGCUUUACCUAAAAGCCUCUUCACUGAACUGUCUUGUGCAUUCUCCUGUUUGAAGUUUUUUUUUAAGCACAUUACUAAUUUUUGUAGUUUUACUUCACAUCCGAUGCACUGUUGGAUGGAUCUGCACUACAAAUUUCUUCCAGAAAUAGCAGACCAUCUAGGUAACACUCAUUUAAACUACUAUGAUUUAGGACACACUUGUACUGGGAUGAAUAGUAAGCUAAUUGGGAUGCAGCAAUGGUAAUACAUGCUUUUGGAUUAUCCAUCCAAAAUGUUUCUAAUCUUUUUGUAUGGAAGAAAAAUAACCAAGUGGAGCAUGUAUAUUCUUUAACUGUUCUUCGAAAUGGGUAUAUUUUCUAAGGAGAUUUUGGAGCAGUCUUACGUUAUUAUUAUUUAUACUAACUCAACAUUAAUGUAACCGUAACAAAGCUUGAUGCUUUUCCCAGACCAAAAAUGAUGGCUGAAUAUCCAAACCUAAGUGCAGGACUUGAAAGAAUGUUUAUGACUUUUAUGUUGUCAUAUAUUUUAAUAGGGUUAUAUUUCUGUUGUAUUCAGUCCUCAAUUACACUGAAAAAAAAGAUUUGUUGGAUUUACUCAAUGUUUUUAAGGGAAGUGGUUGCAAACUAUUUAUAUUUGUUUCAUCAAACAAAUUAAGUUUAACAUUACUACAUUUAAUUUCUUAGUUUAAAUUCAGCCCAUAUAAAUAGUUUGCAACCACUUACCUUAAAAAACAUUGAGUAAAUCCAAUGAUUUGUUUUGUGUAGAUCAUGUUUGCUGAUAACAAAUGCAAACAGCAAAUUAUAGAACAAUAACAAUUGUCAACUAGCAGAAAUGUAUAGCAUUAUUAUAUAGUUUUUCUUUAUUAUACAUUAUUAUUAAGGUUGAUUAAAAGAACAGAAUUUUCCCAAAUCUCUGUGUUGCGCUACCGUUCAUUAAUAACGUUAGUCAUUAAACUUUUUUCUUUGCCAUAAAGUCUCAGCUCAUCAGUCAUGAAAUAAAGGUGAACUGAUCCGUAAUCAGAAACCAUAAAAUGACCAUUAAUUUGAAGGUUCCUUCAUCACUAUUUCGACACAAGACAGAUGCUGCUCAGCUUUGACCUUUGGGUCGGUUAUAAAAAUAGUUUUGGCUCCUGGUUAAUGCAUUGCUCUUUAUUUUCUUGACCUUGUGCGCUGUUUUGUAAAAUAGGUUUUCCAAGUCAAAUUCAAGACAUUUUAAGACCUUUCAUUCAUUCCAUUAGUUAUUUAUUUAUCAGGGGUCACCACAGCGAAAUGGUCCGCCAACUAUUACACCAUGUUUUACACAGCGGAUGUCCUUCCAGCACAGUACUGGGAAACACCCAUACACUCACAUUCACACACAAACACUCUGGCCAAUUUUAGUUUCUUCAAUUCACCUAUAAUAAAUGUCUUUGGACUGUAGGGGAAACUGGAGGACCUGGAGAACACCCAUGCAAACACGGAGAGAACAUGCAAAUUCCACACAGAAAUGCCAACUGUCCCAGCCAGGACUCGAACCAGCGACCUUCUUGCUGUGAGGUGACCGUGCUAAUCACUGAGCCACCAUACCACUCCCAGUUUUUAAGACCAUUAUGAUUAAAAUUUCAAACUUACACAGGGAAAAACGCUAAGGAUUGUUUUAAUUGUUUUAAGGUAUUCAAAUUAAGGUAUUUCUAUAGCCACAUUUUAAAUAAUGUGUAAAAACAAGCAAACUCUAGUUCACAUACAUGUGAUAUUUUUUUUUUUAGCAUAACUUUUCUUAAUAAAAAAAACUAGAAUAAACUAAAUGUAUGUGGUUCAGGUCAGUGUCCUCACUUAGCUGGAGAACUUUUAAACAAAUGUCAUUGUAAGGAUAUAAGGAAGAUAAUUUAACAUUAUUGGAAAAUAGGGAUAAUGAAUGUAACUUUUGUUAAAUGUUUUAUAUUUUAGAUGGAUUUUAGGCUGUACCAAUGGGCUUUAUGCACAGCUAGAGUUUUAAAGCCAACUAUAAACUUCUGGUGAAAGCUUAAAGUGAGUAUUUUCAAUUUCACAAGGUUGUUUUUACAGCAUCGAUGUUGUAAUGUAAUUACAAUACAUUCAGAAAAAUAAACUUAAGCAUUCAUUUAGUUGUUCAAACGUGAAACGAGAAGAAAGACCACAAGCGCCGUCAUUAGCAACAGGCUAAAGCAGAAAUUCCAUUAAAAAUACUGGGGUAAAAUAAACUGUGAUAUAUUUAAAGACAUGGCGGGGGGGUAUUUAUUUUAGUGCUUCUCGUCCGAUCUACCAGACAGUGACGAUCACUGAUUUUUAAAGAAAUCAGAUCUUAAACAAUUCUUAGACAAUUUUGUAAUAGAAAAUCAGUUCACCGGAAGCCCUUAGGCUGCCUUGCUGAAAAUUAAAAGCCUGUGCUGUGUGCAUUUAGCCCAUUGGGUAGCAUUACAUGUGACAAAGGACAAUUAAGACCUAAAACACCAUAUUUCAGUAAAUUUAAGUCUUUUUAAAGACAAAAAAUUUUGUUUUUGAAAAUUAAGUAUUUUAAGACCCCACAGACAAGCUGAACACAAAGAUUACAAAUGACACAGUAUUUAACUGUAUUUUACUGUAGUAGUUAUGCAGUAAUGUUACUGUAUAUAAAAGUUGCGUUGUAAAAAUUGCUGUCUAUUUUACAUUAAAGAUAUGCAAUACUGUAAAUACAUGUACAGCAAAAUAAAUGAUGCUGUAAAUGUAAAUACAGUAUUUUGCUGUAAUUGAUUUACAAUAAGGCCAAUAGGCCAAGUUUACACUAAUACGUUUUACAUUCAAAACGCACAUAGAUAUAUACACUAGAUAUCGCAUACAGACCCUGAGCAUGCAUCAAUACCACGCCAUAUUUGUACAGUGCUCCCAGGACAAAAGUCAUUCAACCGUACUAGUCAAGACUAAAGCCAAUCUAAAAAUGCUGUACUUAAGUGCUGCAUAUGGGUGCAGAAAUGAGAAAACAAAUCACAAAGGCAGAACAUUUCAUAGGUAAGAUUUCGUUUUUUACGUUUUUGUAUGUUACGAACUUUUGUUGUUUAUGAACAUUCAUUUUUCUUUUCGGCUUAGUCCCUUUAUUAAUGCGGGGUCGCCACAGCGGAAUGAACCGCCAACUAAUCCCGCACAUGUUUUACACAGCGGAUGCCCUUCCAGCCGCAACCCAUCUCUGGGAAAGUUUACGAACAUUGUUGAUGAUAAUCAACAGUCUCUUACUGCACUGACCAUGAGGAAAAGUAGCACUAACCUGCACUAAAUUCUUGGUUUAAGCUAGUUUUGUUGAAGUUAAUCAACAAACGAUGUAAAUGAAAUGACAACAAGACACUGAUGCCAGAAACUUUAUUGUUGUCCGCUAAGUUCACGAACUUGGCUCCGGAUGGCUACAGUCCUCCACGACACCUUGGUCCCACAUUCAUUUCAAAGUAGCACUACCCUGUACUAAAAUGGCGGCUCUAUUGACGCAUUCCUUCCAAUGGACAACAACAGCGUAGGCAACAUCUAAUGUAAAUAUCUAUGCAAAAUGUUUCGCCUUCCAUCCACACUACACCAGGGUUUUUAAGCCCCGAAAAUGGAGCAUUUUGAAAAUGCUGAAGAAUCCAUUUUCAUUUUAAAAUGCUGCUGCUCCAUGUCAGUGUGGAUUGGGGGAAACUGGAGACACCUAUAUGUUGUAGGGUAAACAAACCGACAACAGUAGCAAGAUACACUAAGGCAGUGGUUCUCAAAGUGGGGGUCGCGAGACAAUGGAGGGGGGGUCGCUUGGUGUUUUCCAAAAAUCUCAUAUAUCCUAUAACCUGCAGAAUAUAAAGUUUUUAACUCGUAUUUAAUAUAUACUUGAUACUUAAUAGUUACAGUAAAAAAAAAAAGUCAUCACCUUUUAAUUUUUUUCCCAUUGGAUUGUGACCCAUGGGUGACCCCAUGCUAUUAUGCUAUCCAAUUAUGCUAUAAUCUUAUGCUAUAAUCUUAUGCUGGAUUAACAUCACAGCAAUGGCGUUAGUUGCAGCAGAUUGGUUUUAAGGUACAAUAGUCAACUUUGACACCUUUAUGGCACUCACAUACAUUAAAAAUAAAGGCCACGACGGAAAGAUGAUGACCAAGUGGCUCAAAGUCUCCAAAAUUAUGAUUAUAAAAAAUAUAUGGUUGUAAGACGGUUGCACUUUUUUGUGUUGUCAAUAUGCUUAUGCUUAUAUAGUUCCUAUUGUUGUGUGUGCACCAUUGUGUGCAAUGUUUGUAUGCUUAUUUUAACCACCUCCGAGCAUAGUGGGGGUUGCGAGUCACAGGAGUUUUUAUUUUAGGGGUCACAGGCUGAAGUUUGAGAACCCCUGCACUAAGGCCCUGUUUACACUGGCGAAGUGUUGUCACUAAGUUACUGUAAAUUCAACCAGGCGUUGCUAACAGUGUACCAUGUAAAAAAUUGAAAAAUUCAGAAAGAAAGAAAUGUAAUUCCAUUUUGGUGCCCACAUCAAAUGAACAUUAAAGAAUAUUUUUGUUCAAAUAAAAUGUCCAAAUAUG